GGGGCGGGGCGUGUCUGCCGCGGAGGGAGGUUGGUGGCGAGCAGGGAGGGUGUCUCCGGAGGUUGCUGAAGGGGAACCGGGACAUGCCCAAAACGACUAUUAAUUUCCAGUGGAGAGCCCACAGCUUUAGACUGAAGGCAUCAUGCAAGUCUUCCUCCUUCUUGUGGCUGUAGGCAUUUGCUGGGCACAAUACAACCCUAACACUCUUUAUGGGAGAACAUCUAUUGUACAUCUCUUUGAAUGGCGUUGGACUGAUAUUGCUCUUGAGUGUGAACGCUAUUUAGCUCCUAAUGGAUUUGGAGGAGUACAGGUUUCUCCUCCAAAUGAAAAUAUUGUCAUUACUAACCCAAACAGACCCUGGUGGGAAAGAUACCAGCCUAUCAGCUACAACCUCUGCACUCGAUCAGGAAAUGAAAAUGAAUUCAGAGACAUGGUGACCAGAUGCAACAAUGUUGGUGUUCAUAUUUAUGUGGAUGCUGUUGUCAACCACAUGUGUGGGAUUGCAGGUGGCUCAGGCACACAUUCUACCUGUGGAAGCUAUUUUAAUGCUGGAAACAGAGAUUUUCCAGCUGUGCCAUAUUCUGGCUGGGAUUUCAACGAUGGCAAAUGUCAAACUCAAAGUGGAGAAAUUGAAAAUUAUGGUGAUAUGUAUCAGGUCCGGGACUGUCGUUUGGUUGGCCUUCUAGAUCUGGCCCUGGGGAAGGAUUAUGUACGCUCAAAAGUUGCCAAUUAUAUGAACUACCUCAUUGAUAUUGGUAUAGCAGGCUUCCGAAUUGAUGCUGCCAAGCAUAUGUGGCCUGGAGACAUGAGAGCAUUUCUGGACAAGCUGAAAGAUCUAAAUACUACGUGGUUUCCUGAAGGAACAAAACCUUUCAUUUACCAGGAGGUAAUUGACUUGGGUGGAGAGGCAAUCAAAGGCAGUGACUAUUUCGGUAAUGGCCGAGUGACAGAAUUCAAGUAUGGUGCCAAACUGGGGACAGUGAUCCGCAAGUGGAACAGAGAAAAGAUGGCCUACUUAAAGAACUGGGGAGAAGGCUGGGGCUUUAUGCCUUCUGACAGAGCCCUGGUCUUUGUGGAUAAUCAUGACAACCAGCGAGGACAUGGGGCUGGUGGAGCUUCCAUUCUAACCUUCUGGGAUGCCAGACUUUAUAAAAUGGCAGUUGGUUUCAUGCUUGCUCAUCCAUACGGGUUCACACGUGUGAUGUCGAGUUUUCGCUGGCCAAGAUAUUUUGUAAAUGGACAGGAUGUCAAUGACUGGGUUGGACCACCAAGUAACUCAGAUGGAUCAGUAAAGCCUGUGACAAUCAAUGAAGACACUACCUGUGGCAACGACUGGGUUUGUGAACAUCGCUGGCGUCAAAUUAAAAACAUGGUUAUCUUCCGUAAUGUAGUAGAUGGUCAGCCUUUCUCCAACUGGUGGGACAACAGCAGCAAUCAAGUAGCCUUUGGCCGUGGUAACAAAGGCUUCAUUGUUUUCAAUAAUGAUGACUGGCACAUGAACGUCUAUUUGCAUACUGGACUGCCUGCUGGUACAUACUGUGAUGUUAUUUCCGGACAAAAGGAAGGCAACAAAUGUACUGGAAAACAGGUGUAUGUUUCUCGUGACGGAAUGGCUAAUUUCCAGAUUCGUAAUGAUGCUGAAGAUCCAUUCAUUGCAAUUCACAUUAAUGCCAAAUUAUAGUUCAGGAAAAAUUUCCUCCUCUGUUUCGUCUGUGCAUUUCUGUUUCCUUUAUACCUGAUUCCCCAGCAUUGCAGCAUGAAUGUUUCUCUCUAUUGAAUAAUAAAUGGCAAUCAAAGUAAAGGGUUUUUCCAUUAA